UUUGUUUUUGAGAGACCAGAGAAAAGAAGCAUCUGGUUUUUCUGGACCCAAGUCUUGUUUACUAGCUACCCAAAUUCGAUAUCUCUUAAGAGCUUCUCCGAAGAUUCAAAUGCAAGUGUUUUAUGCUCCUUUAAAUACAGGAUUGAUCAAGUCAAAAUAACAGUUAAAAAAUAACAAAAAAAGAAAAAGAUGAGUUGCUUUUCGUGUUGCAUGUCAGAAGAGGCUGUCAAUAGAAAGUCUCUAAAGAAAAGCAUUAAGGAAUAUCAUGACACUAAAACUUUAGCAUCAUUUGCCAACAUUUCCUUCAAAAGUGAUAGUAGCAGAAAAAGAUACAUACAAGAAGAGAUAACAAAGAUGGGUAAAGGGAAUAUAUCUGCUCAGAUUUUUGCAUUCCGUGAGCUUUGUGUUGCAACUCAAAACUUUCAAGCAGAUAACCUUAUAGGUGAAGGAGGUUUUGGGAGGGUGUAUAAAGGAACCCUUGAGAACAAAACUCAAGUAGUUGCAAUUAAGCAACUCGACAGGAAUGGAUUCCAAGGAAACAGAGAGUUCCUUGUAGAAGUUUUGAUGUUGAGUCUUCUUAAGCACCCCAACCUCGUUAAUUUAGUGGGAUAUUGUGCUGAUGGUGAACAGAGGAUUUUGGUGUAUGAGUACUUGUGCAAUGGCUCCCUAGAGGAUCAUCUUCUUGAUUUAGCUCCCGGUAAAAAGCCUUUGGAUUGGACAACAAGAAUGAAAAUUGCUGCAGGUGCAGCUAAAGGACUUGAAUACUUGCAUGAACAAGCCAAUCCUCCAGUGAUAUACCGCGAUUUUAAAGCAUCUAAUAUAUUAUUGGAUGAUGAUUUUAACGCAAAGCUCUCUGAUUUUGGUCUUGCAAAGUUAGGUCCUACAGGGGAGAAAACCCACGUCUCCACCAGGGUCAUGGGAACCUAUGGUUACUGUGCACCUGAAUAUGCAUUGACGGGUCAAUUGACUACAAAAUCAGAUGUUUACAGCUUUGGAGUUGUGUUUUUAGAGAUGAUCACGGGAAGGAGAGUUAUAGAUAAUUCUAGACCAACUGAAGAGCAGAAUUUAGUAACUUGGGCACAACCACUAUUUAAAGACAGAAGGCAUUUUACAUUAAUGGCUGACCCAUUGCUAGAAGGGAAUUACCCUGUAAAGGCACUAUACCAAGCACUUGCAGUUGCAGCCAUGUGUCUCCAAGAGGAAGCUGAUACGCGACCCCUUAUAAGUGAUGUCGUAACGGCGCUUGAGUUUUUAGCUGUGAACAAGAUCAGUGAAGAUGCUACAGAUAAUGUUGUGGAUACAAAUUCUCAAGAUAGCAAUAGCCAAGGAGGAGGAGAUAUUGAAACUGAUAACGAGGAAAGUAAGACAGAUUAGAAACAGCUAAACAGGUAGAGAAUGAUGAGUGUUUUUAAGUGUUAAUGGAUUGGAGAGGCUAUCAACUGUUUCAUGAAAUCUCUGUCAUGUUGCAACCGGAUUUGCUCUGCUCAAGAUGAAGAAGAAGAAAAAGAAGCACAACAUCCAUCUGCUCAAAUAACAUGGCUUUUUUGGGUUUUCAGUAUGAUGAGAAUUCAGAAUUCUGGUGCAUGUUGAUAUUUGAAAAGAGUUUUUAUGAAGGAUGAGGAAAGUUAGGAGUUGAGAAAAGAGAGAGAUACUAAUAAUCCUUCAUAAAAUGAAGUUUUGUUCAAAGAGAAGGCAGAUUGUAAAUUCUUUGCAGAUUUCCCAUUCUAAUGCAGAUGUGUUUGCAGUUUUGGUUCAGUCAAUUUUGGUGAGAAAAAAAAAAUGCAAUAAAAAUGUAUAAAAUGCCAAGCAGCAUUGGAGUUUUGUCAUAAAAAAGUUUACACCCAAAUGCAUGUGUAGGAAUUUUUAGUCCAUGAUUGCAUCAAAGGUCAGAAGAGAUCUAGAAAUUGAGAAUUGCAAAGAGUAAAUGGAUUAAAUAUAUAAUCACUACUCUACUCAA